UAUGUCAUAAACAUGUGACAGAACCACUAGCCAUUUUAACGUUCCGUUUUAAGGUCCCGUCCUGCAUCCUUGCAAAGACAAACCUGUUCCUUCAUAGUCACUGAGCGCAGUUCAGCCUGCUGGUUGUGUUCGUCGUCUGAGAGCCUACAUCCAUGACAAAUGCUGAGGACUGAUGCUGGCACAGCUCCCACUGCAGUCUGCACACCGCACUCCUGAAAUCACGCCUCACUGUUUUUACCCCUAAUUGGUUCCACACAAGCUACCGCGGAGAGCUCACCUGUUCUAAUUGGACUGUCGCGACAAGUUGUCCAUGUCACUUCGAUGCGACUGUUCGAUCGCGUCCAGUUGUCUAGGAAUACCGGAGGAUAUCUGAGGAGCCCAGCUGAGGAAAGGCAAGGACUGCAGCAGUUCACCAGGCCGACGAGACAAGUGACAGACAGGAUAGUCUGCAGCCGAGCAGCGAGCACAUGCAUGGAUGCAGGACAGAGGGCUUUGAGCGCGUAGACAUGGACCAGCGGUAACAGUCUAAUAAACCAAAUGAUUUCGGUGCGUCGGCUUCAUCUUUGAGCUCCUAGUUGAACAGGAGAGCAGGAACCUUGACUUUUUACGCUUGGGUAAAAACUCUGAAAUCGGCUGGACGCAGGAGCUGCUCCAUCGUUAUUCUUGGCAUCAGCCGGCGCGCUGAGAUCAUCAGCAUCGAAGCCUCUUUUUGUUUUGCGCGAGUGGUCGGUGCGCCCCUGCGUUUGGAGCCAUGGGUUGUACGGUGAGCGCCGAGGAUAAGGCUGCCGCGGAGAGGUCAAAGAUGAUUGACAAAAACCUCCGAGAGGACGGAGAGAAGGCAGCCAGAGAAGUGAAACUGCUUUUAUUAGGUGCUGGGGAGUCUGGGAAGAGCACCAUUGUAAAGCAGAUGAAGAUCAUCCAUGAAGAUGGCUAUUCAGAAGAUGAGUGUAAGCAGUACCGAGCAGUGGUUUAUAGUAACACCAUCCAGUCUAUUAUGGCAAUUGUUAAAGCCAUGGCCAGUCUCAAGAUAGACUACAGCAACCCUUCCAGAGUGGAUGAUGCCCAGCAGCUCUUUGCCCUGUCUGCAGCUGCUGAAGAACAGGGCAUCCUUCCCGAUGACCUGGCCAACGUGAUUCGGCGAUUGUGGGGUGACAGCGGGAUACAGAAUUGCUUUGCGCGGUCACGAGAGUACCAACUCAACGACUCUGCAGCAUAUUACCUGAAUGAAAUGGAGAGGAUAGGUAAAGCAGAUUACAUCCCCUCCCAGCAGGAUGUGCUGCGAACUCGGGUCAAGACCACUGGCAUUGUAGAGACUCACUUCACUUUCAAGGAAUUGCACUUCAAAAUGUUUGAUGUGGGAGGCCAACGCUCAGAGAGAAAGAAGUGGAUCCACUGUUUUGAAGGAGUCACAGCCAUUAUUUUUUGUGUUGCACUGAGUGCUUAUGACCUGGUGCUGGCUGAGGAUGAGGAGAUGAAUCGAAUGCACGAGAGCAUGAAGCUAUUUGACUCCAUCUGCAACAACAAGUGGUUCACCGAGACCUCCAUCAUCCUCUUCCUCAACAAGAAGGACCUCUUUGAGGAGAAGAUUACUCGCAGCCCCCUCACCAUCUGCUUCCCAGAAUACACAGGGGCCAACAAGUUUGAUGAAGCAGCCAGUUACAUUCAGACCAAGUUUGAGGACCUGAACAAGAAAAGGGACACAAAGGAGAUCUACACCCACUUCACCUGUGCCACUGACACCAAGAACGUGCAGUUUGUCUUUGACGCCGUCACCGACGUCAUUAUUAAGAACAACCUGAAAGACUGUGGUCUUUUCUAAAGGAUAAUACCCGAUGCGCACAGACUGCAUGAGAGACUGCAACAGCCAUGUGACGAUUACUGCUUUUCAUAAUGAAAACCAUAACAGACUUGAUUCAUAGAGGAGAAACCUUCAAUAACUCCAACAAUCACUGAUUUGCAACUAUCACAUUCUCUGUCAAUUUUGUCAUUUUUAAUUUUUGAUAUAUUUCUUACUGCUCUCGCUCAGAGGUGCUCAUACUAUUCACAGUGAGCUCCUGUAAACAGAUAUUUGACCAAGGACACCCCUUAUUGGAUGAGAGUCACUAAAAAUCAAGGGCACUGUCUUGAGAAGUGCUGUUUUAAAAUUAGAUAUAUAACAAAGUGUAUUAAUCGACUGGCUUAAGUGGAAAAUAAUUGUUGAAAAUUGUUGUAAAGCUUAUCAUAAAAAUGACCCUUAUCUCAUUAUCACAUGGCAAAUGAAAAAAAAUAAAUUAAAGGAUCCUUAAUAGGCCUUCAAGAACCAGUUUGAGAACCACUUGUUUAAAUGGUAGUUGUUUGAGUUGAUGAGUCUUGUUAUGUAUUCAGAUCUCUUUUUGAGUAUUUUAAGUUUUCAUUUUACUUUCCCUUUUUGCAUUUGAAGUUUAAGUUUAAUAAGAGAAUACAGAAUACAUACAGAAACAACUUUUUAUAAAAAUCACAUUAACUUAUGUUAACUAAUGUUGGCAUUUUAUGAACCUUUUGACUGCACAGAGCUUAUUUUUAGAAGAAAACAAACAAGCAUGGAGAAUGAAAAAAUGGAUGAAGGGGAAAUGUUUUUCGUACAAUGUUUACACAGAAUCAAUAUUCACAGUUGUAUUAGUGUGUUGUUCUGCAUGACUGUCUAUUGAUUAGCUUGUAUCUGCCACAGACUGAAUAACAUUCCUUAAGUAACUUCUUUAAAGAAACAAAACAGAAACGGUUAAAUGUCACUUUUAAGAUUCCUGCAAGAUUUUUAAGUAGUUAUGUCUGUUCAUAACAUGGAUUGUUCUGUGCUAUUUGUUUCAUUACAAUUUUUUUUUAUAUAUGUUUGUGCCUUGACAUCUGUUUACACUUGUUCUUUAGAGACAUGCCAUAUUCAUUGUGUGAAUUAGGGCUAUUUCUACUUUCAUUUCAGUUCACAUAACCCAUCAUUUAAGAUGCACCACAACACAGAGACUAAUGGAUGAUAUUCGUUCAUAAUAUUAAGAUAAAAGUCAUUCACUUGUUAAAUGUAAAUAAAAGUU